GGGAGGCGAUGGUGAUGAUGCUGGAUUGCAGUUCCGAGGCUGGUAGCUUCAGCAAUCUGUUUGAGGCAGGAACCAGUGUGAACGCACCUGCAGAUGCCUUUGGUCAGUCUCCUGCUCACUUGGCUGCUUGUGGCGGUGAAGCUUUUUUCCUGCUUUGGCAACUGCAGACAGGAGCAAAUUUGAACCAACAGGAUUGCCUUGGAGAAGCCCCGAUUCAUAAAGCAGCAAAAGUUGGGAGUUUGGAAUGUCUUGCUCUUCUUGUUGCCGGUGAUGCCAAAAUUGACUUGUGCAACAACAGUGGACAAACAGCAGCAGACCUUGCAAUGGCUUACGGUUUUCUGGAAUGUGCCAAGUUCCUCACAACAAUUCAGCACACUCAGAGGAUGAACCUGAGAGGACAGUCUGGCUACUCACUCGGUGACAAACGUGGCUGGCCGAGAGAGGAUCCAGCUGCACAGAAGCAAGAAAGUGAAACUAGCAGAGCUGUAAGCAAGAAGAGGAGAAGAUCGGAUGGUGUGUAAUAACCACUGGCUUAUUACAAUCCAGAAUAUUUUUCUUUUUUUUAAUGCUUUUGGCAUUAAAGCAAAUCUGGUGUUAGAUAACAGUUGGAUUUAGAAGCCUCCUAGUAAAGAUCAACUUGCAUAGGUAUUUAAGGUUAUGGUCUUGUCACAAAUGGAUAGUA